AUGGAAACAUCAUCGCUACUUCCUCCCCCCUCGCAUACUGUUCACCUCUGGGACGCGCAGACAGGGAAUCUCCUCCGCACACUGGCUGGCUACGGCACAGCUACCGCCUCUGUCCUCUUCACUCCCGACUCCACAACCCUACUCUCAAAUUCUGGCCGUAUAAUUCACGUCUGGGACGUCACAACCGGUGACCUCGAAUUGUUACUUGAGGGUCACGCCAAGCGAAUCUCUACUAUGACUCUCUCACCCGAUGGUACAACGCUCGCUACCGGAAGCAAAGACCGUACUGUCAUGUUAUGGGACACAAAGACCGGAGAUUGCUUGCAAUUGUUAGAGGGACAUGGCGAUGAAACUUGGGGAGUUGCGUUUUUAGGUGAUGGGAAGAGGUUGGUGACUAGUGAUGAUGGUGGGACGGUGUUGCUUUGGGAGGUAGAUUUGGGCUGA